UAUAAUAUACUCUCUUUCAUAGAGGUUCAAUCAAUUUAUUUAUUCAAAUUUUAAAAGUUUUUAGUUUCUUUUUUUUUCUGCUUUUUAUGUUGAUACUGUUAGUGAAUUAAAUUGUAUAUCCGGCACUAAAAUAGUUUUAGAUUUUAUUAAUUAACUUUUCCAAGUUAAUUUUUUUUAUCGAAAUGUUAAUAUACUCUACUAUUAUAAUAUUAUGGACUUUUGUGCCGUGUUUUAUCACUUCAUUACCACAGUAUAAUCAGGAAUCAGAUAAUGACACUAAUGAUAAUAAUAAUUCGAGUUAUCGUUACAAAUAUAUAAUCGAUGAUAGCGAUAAUAAACAAGAUCAAGGAAAGGACCUAGAGGGAAGAUUUGGUAAAUCGGCUAGUGGUCAAUACCACGCUAAUGGUGACCAGUCGUCUACGGACAUAAAGUAUUUCUUCGACGAGUGGGGCCAUCAUCCUCUCGUAAAAUAUAGAGUUCCCAAUGAAUACGCUGCUGCAGAUACACAUUCGGCUUUUGAUCUUCACAAAUCCCGUGUGGUUAUCAAUAAUUCCAAAAUCAAUGAGGAUGAAAUUUUAAUUGAAUCUCAGCACACUGCUAGAGACGAAAAAAUUUUACCAAUUGAUAAUUGGUAUGAAAAUACAUAUGGACCAAUAUCAAUUAAAGAUAUACCAGACAAAAUUGACAUUUCCAAUAAUUCAAACAAUAACAAUAAUGAUAAUAAUAAUAAUAAUCUAGAAUUACAACAACAUCAAUGGGUAGAUGACCAAGUUAAUCAAUAUCCAACAGAAACAGUAGUAGGAACAGAACCAAUAGUUGAUUCCCCUACAAUAGAGGAACUCGGAAAUUCAAAGACGUCAGUUGAUUCAAAUAGUCAAAAUAAUUUAAACGUUACUGAUAUAAUAAAGCCAUCAACUGCAGUAGACAAUGCUUUCUUGUUAUCUGAAAAUUUUGGAAAAAAAAUUAACCAUUCAAAUUUAAACUUUGAACAAUUGAAUAAUAGGAAAAGUGACACUGGAGUGGGCGCAUCACAUACUUACUACGUUUCUGCGGAAACUCCACGUAAAAAAAAUGAUAAAACAAUUUCUCCAAGUAUCGGAGUAUCUUCAGAAAAUUAUAAAAAUGCUUUAGCUAGUUUUAAAACUCAAUUGAUAAAAAAUUCACAAAUGUCGAAAAACAAUAAAGGUUCAACAACAAAUACAAAAGUAUUACCUGAAUUAUCACGUCUCUCAUUUCAAAGUUUCAACGAUGCAACUGAAACAAAGUUUAACUCACAAGAGCCUAUUGUUGUUGCUGAAACAUCAAUGACGACUGAAAAUUAUGAAUACAGUACAACUUUUCCAUGCAAUAAUCAAGAAGAAAAAGAAGAAAAUAAAAAUAUAGAAUCAGUAUCAUUAUUACCAACAGCAGCAACAACAAGAGAAGAAACAAUACCACCAGAACAACGACAAAGUUCAACAGAUGAACGUACAUUAUACAACAUUGUCAAUUCUCCGUUGUUUAUUCAAGAACUUUCCCAUAGAGGAGAUCAGUUUACCACAUCACCCAUGAUAUUAAAUCCUAUCCAAGCUGGGUUAGCUUUAGUUAAUGCUGAACGAACUCAUCUUAUUGAACAGAAUGUUGAGUCAUCGUUAACCAAUAUAGAACCUGCUGUUCACCAACUUGAAAAUCAGUUUAAAUUAAAUAAUAGCCAUUCAUCUUUUUAUAUAACCCAAUCAGAUGAAAUUCGUAUUUAUAAAAAUAAAUCAUUGGAAAAUAUUAACAGUGAUGGUCUUAAUGAUAGUAACAGUCAAAGUGAUGAAUCGAUAAAAUUAUCAUCAGUACCUUAUGUCACAUUAGCGUCAAUCAACCAAGAUAACGCCAGCGAUAAACUUGUAGAAAUUCAAAAGUCACUAGAGCUAUAUCAUAGUGCACCCAUCCAUGAAAUACAUUAUCCAGCUCAACUGACGUCUCAAGUAGUUACUAAAAUCGAUCACUCACCUCCACCAGAUUUAGUCUAUCUUACUACGCAGAAGCAUAACCAACAACCGUACAAUAAUAAUCACCAAAUAUCAGAUAUCCCUCAUCAAAAAGAUCAAAUGUCAUAUACAGAUAUUAAAGAUAUUACAGAUCUUACUAAUAGUAAUACUGAUUAUAAUUAUCAAUUUAUAUCUAUUUUCGAUAAAAACUUGCUUACAAAAACAAAAACAACAGAUCAACAAGAUAAAUUUUCAAACUCGUUAAAUUUUAAUUUAAAUAAUAAUAAUAAUUUGGAUAUUGUACAACAAAAAAUAGUUAAAAUCAAUGAUAAUAACGACAAUAAAAAAUCAACAGUUGAUAAUUUAAAAAUACCGGUACAAAAUAGUACUGUAGCUCAUAUAAAUAGUACUCGAGUGACAAGAGAAAAUUUAACUCAAAAUACCAAAAAUUUAACAUCGUUAUCACCAGAUUUUUUUGAAUAUUCUUCUCAAUGGAAUAAGUUAAAUGAUAAAUCGAUACAUUCAAACAAAGAGACACAAGAUAUUGUUGAGAAUGUCAAUUUCCAAAUAGAUUCAAAUCAAUGGCUUGAACAAAUUGCUGAUCGGUUAAACUACCGUAACAACAACAACAACAACAACAACAACAAUAAUAGUAAUAAUAAUAAUAAUCAUUAUCGACAAAAUAAUCAACUCAAUGAUAGUAAAAUAACAACAACAACAUUAUCUAACUCAAAUGUACCACCACACCAAAUAGAUAUUAAUUUAAAUAAAAAUGAAGAAAAACAACAACAAUACUAUCAUUUAAUUGAGGAUGAUAAAAUUAUUAGUGAUGCUACAGACAAUGUAAAACAAACUGUUUAUAUUUACACGCCUUCAGUAGCAACUAGUGAUUAUGGAUCAAUACAAACAAAUUACAAUUCCAAAUUGCCAACUAAUAGAAUAAUAAAUCGAGAAUUUAAUAGUGAUAAUGUUGAAUCAUUAUCGAAUUAUCCAGUUGACAAGUUCGUGGAAGGUAUACUUGAUAUGAAAGCUGCUCCAAGACCUUAUUCUGUUAACAAAGAUAGAGUCUUAGAGAACCUGCAACAGCAGAAGCACCAAAAGCACCAGAAGCACCAGCAGCAAAAGCAAAAGCACGUGCCAGUUAUCCAAGAUUAUCCAGUUACAGUUCAGAAGAUGCUGGAGAAUAAGGGUUCAUCACCUUACCCGAUUGAAACUACUACUACAAGUACAAGUACUAGUACAACUUGUAUUCAUAAACUCGUAUCUCAACCCUAUCCUAUUCACAUACUCGAGCAGUUGCCAUAUCAAGUAGAUAAGGUCAUUGAAAUGCCAAUGCGAAUUCCAACUUACCAUCCACUUGAAAUUCCACUAAGAUUACCACUACCAUUAUCAUCAUCAUCAUCAUCAUCAUCAUCAUCAUCAUCAUCAUCAUCAACAAUAAAAUUAUCGGAAAAAUCACUUAAUAAUGAACCUUAUUACAGCAAUGGUAUUAGAUAUGGAGUAACUUACCAACAGAUUAUGAAUCCAUCCAUUAAUGGACUAAACCCGGUAAGAUUCAAAGAAACAAACUACGGAGAACUUGAAAAGUUGGCUAACAGUUCAAAUCAAAACUUUCAAGGUUAUAUCUAUGGCAAACAAUCGGUUAUACCGGUAAUGGGUUUGCGGUCUACUUUGAGUAAACGAUACGGCUCAUUAAAUCAAUUGGGUCAUGCCAAAUAUCAACAUCAAAAUCAAAAACAACAACAACAACAAAUUAUAAACUAUAAUCCAGCAGUUAUCUCUAAGGAACAGUUCUAUAGUAAUGUUUUGAAUCAAUUACCAAUUUUAAUCCAUCAUCCAAAGUCUGUUAUUGAUCAUAUUGAUUUAAGAUGGCACGUGACUCAUCCAACUGAGAAAUAUAAAAAAAAUAAAAUUGAGUACGUGGGGCCUGUACCAUUACUACAUCCACAGCAGGUCUUGAAUCUUCAUCAGAAUCAAGUGCCACAUCCGGCUCAUCAAGAAUCGAUCCACUACUGGGAGCCUUCUGAUACGUCUUCGUCUCCUUCUUUUUCUUCAACAUCUCUAUCAUCGUUUUUUAAAAGAGUAAGACUGCCGGAAGUACAUUACUACGGUAAAAUGGGAAAUUUUAGACAAUCUAAAAUGGAGUAUGGAUUCAAACCACCUAUGGUACCGUCUAUUCAGUACGAUGAAAACACGGCUACUAGAGUCAAUAAUUCUUAA